AAGUAAAAAAAGCAGAGUUUCCCUCUCACCGUCUCACAGUCAAACUCAAACCAAACCCCAAGAAAACGACACCGUAUCCGUGAUUCUCCUCUGUCUUUUACAUACCUUGUUCAUCGGCUCUCUCUGUUAAUAUCUGUAUAUAUCCAUAUCCAUUCUGUGGUUUCGGUUCUUUCUAUAUAUAACAAACCAAAUUCUUGCCUUUCACGAGAUGAGAAUUGCUUUUUAGUAUUUUUUUUGCUUUUAUCUUUUCUUUUCAACCCAUUCUUUCUCCUGUCUUGUGUUGAUAUAUAGGGGCUUCACGUCCGAGACUUUUUGCCUGUGAUUCUUAUUUGCUUUGAAUUGAGCGUUUUUUGGUUGUAUUUUCAAUCUGGUUCUCAUUUGCUUCAAAGAAUUUUAGAGAUUUUUUACUCUUGGUUAUGAAAAUAAUAACCAGUUGAAUUUCUUUUUUUUUUAAAAAAGUUGAGUUUGAUGUUCUUAAUCUCUGUUUCUUUUCGAUCAAGGUCACUGCUUACUGGUUUUUACUUCAAAAGCGAAUGUUAGUGCUAUUCUGGUCGUCUGCCCUGACUUUACUCUAAUUUGGUCUACUUUUUAGUCAGGGAUCCAUACUGGAAUAGUUUGAGCUUCAAAAGAUCUUGCCUUUUUUCUUUUUGAUCUUCAUUGACUUAAAUUCGCUGAAAAAAUGAGGGUAUUUGCUCUCUUAGUUUUAGUUUUUCUAUUUUUGCUGUGUGGUUUUGGUACGAGUAAAGAGUGUACAAACAUUCCUACUCAGCUUUCAUCUCAUACAUUAAGGUAUGAGCUCUUAUCAUCACAUAAUGAAUCAUGGAAGGAAGAAAUGUUUGCAAACUACCAUUUAAUACCAACUGAUGAUUCAGCUUGGUCUAAUUUGCUGCCAAGGAAGAUAUUGAAAGAAGAAGAUGAAUAUGGUUGGUCAGUGAUGUAUAGAAAAAUGAAAAAUCCUCUUAUAUCAUCUGGAAGUUUUCUCAAGGAAGUGUCUUUGCAUAAUGUGAGAUUGGAUUCGAGUUCCAUCCAUUGGCGAGCCCAACAAACAAAUUUAGAGUACUUGUUGAUGUUGGACGUGGAUAGGCUGGUCUGGAGUUUUAGGAAGACUGCUGGUUUAGCUACGCCUAGCAAACCAUAUGGCGGCUGGGAGGCUGCGGACUGUGAGCUUCGAGGUCACUUUGUAGGUCACUACUUGAGUGCAUCAGCAUAUAUGUGGGCUAGUACUCAUAAUGAUACUAUCAAAGAGAAAAUGUCAGCAGUAGUAUCUGCUCUAUUUGCCUGUCAGCAGAAAUUAGGCACUGGUUACCUUUCUGCUUUUCCAUCUGAGCAGUUUGAUCGUUUUGAAGCUAUAAAACCUGUCUGGGCUCCAUAUUAUACUAUUCAUAAGAUCUUGGCAGGUCUCUUGGAACAGUAUACAAUUGCAGAUAAUAUUCAAGCUUUGGACAUGGUAAAAUGGAUGGUUGAUUACUUUUACAACCGUGUGCAGAAUGUUGUGACCGAACACAGCAUUGAAAGACAUUUUCUGUCACUCAAUGAAGAAACUGGGGGUAUGAAUGAUGUCCUUUACAAGUUAUUUAGCAUAACAGGAGAUCAAAAGCAUUUAAUACUAGCUCACCUUUUUGAUAAACCAUGCUUCCUUGGGUUACUCGCAGUACAGGCUGAUGACAUAGCUGGUUUCCAUGCCAAUACACAUAUCCCUAUUGUUAUUGGAUCUCAAAUGCGAUAUGAAGUCACCGGUGAUAAACUUUAUAAGGAAAUGGCGAGAUUCUUCAUGGACACUGUUAACUCUUCUCACAGCUAUGCAACUGGAGGGACGUCUGUCAGCGAGUUCUGGUCAAACCCAAAGCGCUUAGCUACCACAUUAUCAACGGAGAAUGAAGAGUCAUGCACAACUUAUAAUAUGCUCAAGGUCUCUCGUCACCUAUUUAGAUGGACCAAAGAAACGGCAUAUGCAGAUUAUUAUGAGCGAGCCCUGACAAACGGCGUGCUAGGCAUCCAAAGGGGAACAGAACCUGGGGUGAUGAUUUACAUGCUGCCACAAAGUCCUGGUAGUUCCAAGGCCAUGAGUUACCAUGGAUGGGGAACACAGUUCGACUCUUUCUGGUGCUGCUAUGGGACAGGAAUUGAAUCAUUUUCAAAGCUGGGAGAUUCCAUAUAUUUUGAACAGGAAGGAGAAGUACCUGGUCUUUAUGUCAUCCAGUAUAUAUCAAGCUCUUUUGAUUGGAAAUUGGGACAGAUUGUGAUUAAUCAGAAAAUUGAUCCUGUUGUUUCCUGGGAUCAUAAUCUUCGAGUGUCACUUACCUUUUCUUCAAACACGGUAAUACUUCAAGAUGAUCAAACGGCGAGCCUACCGGGAUUCUUCCACAGAGAUGGUUGUGACUCAGAUCCAAGUGUCCGAUAUACGACGCUUCUGAUAAAGAUUUCGGUAUCGGCCCCCGGAAAUUGUUAUGCGAUAAAUCAAGUACAUUUGAUUAAAUAUUCAGACGACCGGUCUGAGUAUGCUUCUAUUCAGGCAAUACUUUAUGGUCCUUACCUGCUUGCUGGUCAUAGCAGUGGUGAUUGGGACAUCCGAUCUAGAUCAGUCAACUCUCUUUCGGACUGGAUAACUCCAAUUCCUGCCACUUAUAAUAAUCACCUAGUAUCUUUUUCCCAAGAAUAUGGAAAUUCAGUUUUUGUCUUGACAAACUCGAAUCAAUCAAUUACAAUGGAAAAGUUCCCUGAAUCUGGCAGUAGUAAAUCUGUUCAUGCCACUUUUAGAGUUGUCUUGAAUGAAUCUUCUUCCCCAAAACCAUCAUCAGUUAAAGAUGCUACUGGAAAAUAUGUCAUGCUAGAACCGUUUAGUCUAUCAGGAAUGUUUUUAGUACAGCAAGGAAAAGAUGUCAACCUUGCAGUUGCAAGUUCUGAUGGUACCGAUGGAUCAUCCUUGUUCCGCUUAGUUUCUGGAUUGGAUGGAAAGGAAGGAACAAUAUCAAUGGAGUCAGCAAGCCAAGAGGAUUGCUUUGUGUUUAGCGGUGUGGAUUAUAAGUCAGGAACAAGCCUGAAGCUUAGCUGCAAGUCAGAAUCAUCAGACGCUAAAUUUAAUGCGGGAGCCAGCUUUGUAAUGAACAACGGAAUAAGCGAGUAUCAUCCGAUCAUUUUCGUAGCAAAGGGAGCAAAUCGGAAUUAUCUUCUGGCUCCAUUACUGAGCUUCAGAGAUGAAUAUUAUACUGUUUAUUUUAACAUUCAAGCUUAACCAUUUUGGGAAGAGGACACAGAAAGCCAAUUCAUAUCCUAAUAGGGCAAUAAAGUGCUUCAUUUAUUUUCUUGUCCCCAUAGGAGUACAUUCAUUAUCCCAUUCUGAUGGGUUGAAGCAGAUAUAAAAAUUAGUGUCUGUUCAGAUUCGCGCCAAGAGUAAAUUAGGGAAAGCAAGUCAGGCUGGUUUGUUUUUUUUUGUUUUUAAGUUUUAUAUCUAUGCCUCUGAUUCUUCAAAUCUUCAUCACUGACAAGCUAUGCAUGAAGAGGGUAAUUCUUAGUAUUUUAUAGGUAUGUCAGAAGGAAUUGUCAGCUUUAGAAAUCUGAAAAUAUUGGUGGAGGAAUUUU